AUGGUAAAAAAGUUAUUGUCAAAAUUAUUCUCUUACACAUUUACUUAUAAUGAUGAAUUUACAAUUGAAGGAGGUGAACAAUCUUUAACAGAACAAUAUCGCUUUAUUCAUGAAAACGAAAAUUUUUUUCUUCAAGUUAGAAAUAUAUCAAUUAAAGAAACAGUUAAUGAUAUUAUUAUAAAUGAACUUCAAAGUUUUGGAUUUAUGGGACCUAAUGAUUCUCUUUCAGUUAUUGGGGAAUGGAAAGAUAUUAUAAUACCUUUUAAGUUAAAGGUUUUCUUUUAUUCAAAACAAACACAAGAAGCAAAAAUGGGAAUUUUAUUUUUUGAAUAUAAUAAAGUUUUCUUUGAAUUAAUGUCAACUACUUUUAUUUCAUUUGAUGAACUUACAGAAAUUCUUAAAGGAAUUGAUCUUUCUAAUGUUAAACAAUCACAUAAAUUAAUACUUAAUGGAGUUGUAACUCAAACAAUAUAUAAAGAAGAUUUUAAAGUUAGAGUUCCAAAUCAUUUUAAAAGAAAUGGUGUAUUUUAUACAGGAACAAUUCAAAUUUAUGAUGAUGAUAUUAUCAAUACAAUUAAUCUUAGUUUUGGAAAAGAUAUUGUUUCAUCAGAAAAAAUAUUUAAAAAAAGAAUUGAACAAAUGUGGGGAUCAAUUCAAACAACAUCUAUUACUUUAAAUUGUAAUUCUAUUUCAUGGAUAAUCCUUUCAUUUAUUUCACCAAAUAAUAUUUAUGGAGUUAAAAAUCAUUAUCUUGCUUAUCAUCAAUAUAAUAAUGCAUUCUAUUCAGUAUGGUUUGGGUUACUUCAUGAAAAUGCAAAUAUAACUCCAUUAUUUACUCUUAUUCUUUCAAAUUAUAGUCAUGAACAAUUAAUUUUAAAAGAUAAAUUUCCAUUAUAUCUUCAUUUUAAUCCUGAAUAUAGUAUUUCUCUUUCUCCAUCUUUCCUACCAAUUAAUUCAGCUGAUGAAUAUGGUUUAAUUAGUGAUAUUCUUCCAUCAAUGUUUAUUGAUAAACAGGCAAUUUGUAGAUUUUUUAUUAAUGUAACUCCAUUAACAGGAAUUCCAAAAGAGACAGGAUUAGAUAUUAUUAAUAUGGAACGAUUAAAUUUAAAAAAUCAAAAAACGACUCAAAUGAUUUCUCAAAAAACUGAGAAAUAUGGAAAAUAUGAUUGUUGGUGUGAUAUUUGUAAGACUAAAAUUCAAAAUGAUGAAGUAAAAUGUAUGAUAAAAUAUGUUUAUUUCAAAAACCCAGAUGUUUAUGUUCGUUUUAGUUUCUCUGCACCAGAACAAACAUUUAAUGAAUGUUAUAUUAAUCAUCACAUUCCACAACUAAUGGGUUCUUUAGAUCUUUCUCUUCUUAAAUCAAAUUAA